ACCAAAGAAAACAAUAAAAAAUUACAAUGAAAAUGAACGGAACUAUUCUUCAUCUUUUUAUCUUGAGUCUUUUGUCCUUCUUCGUCUUUAACACCUCCGCUGCUUGCGGUCCUACUUCCUGUACAUGCGAUGGUGGCCAACCGCAAGGCGAAUACUGUGGCAUUCAAUUUAGUGAUCUUAAUUGCAUAGCUAAUCAUGUUUAUGAAUGCAAUCCAAAAGGUGGAGCAUGUGAUUUUGGCGUUCGCGAUUCCUGUAAUACCUGCGGUUGUUUGAAAUGUCCUUGUUAAUUACUAUAUAUGUAUUGCUUACUAUAUAAUCAUAAAAUAAUAACAUUAUUUUAUUAGUUCUACGCAUGUAUAUUUAUUAACUACGUUAUUAA